AUGGUUCAUCACGCCGACUACACCAACUUCUCGAGCUCCACAAGCACCAGUGCCACUUCUGAAACCAAGCGAGAAACUCUUCAACAACUUCUCGAUGCCUAUACUGCCCUCGAAACGCCGUACUUGAUUUCCAAUUUAUCCAAUUGUGCAUCUCUUUUAUGGCACGCAUACCAUUCACUAGGCAUCAAUGUCAACUGGACUGGGUUUUACACUAGUGAAAACUACCACCAAAUCAACCACACCAGUCAGCACAAGACCAACAGCAACAGCAACAGCAACAAUAGCACUAACUCUUCUACCACACCCGAACUACUCCUAGGUCCAUUCCAAGGCAAAGUCGCCUGCCAAUCGAUCAAAUGGGGCCAAGGUGUGUGUGGAACCGCAGCUGCCACUGCCCAGAGUCAAGUCGUAUCUGAUAUAAAUAAAUUCCCCGGCCAUAUUGCGUGUGACGGCGAGACCAAAUCGGAAAUUGUCGUGCCAAUUAUACUUCACCAUCAACGGCAAACAGAUAAUGGCAACAACAAGGGUACUGACGAUGGCGAUACAGUGGUGGGAGUUAUUGAUUUGGAUUGUUUGGAUCUUGCUGGGUUUGAUGAGACUGAUCGCGAGUAUUUAGAACAAUUGGCAGCCUUACUAAGCAAGAGCUUCUUGUAA